AUGCAAACUUUCUUUGUGCUCUCAUUCAUUCUUAUCAUCGGUAUUCUUCAUGGCUCAUAUGGUGCACCAUCAUCAUUUGAGGAUCUCAGACAUGAAGUGAAUGCUGCUAUUCAACAAAAGGCUUUAGAAGAAAGAGUUAUUCCACUCAUUAUUGGCCUUGUAGCAAAUCCAUUAUGGAUAAAUGCUGUCUUGCAACUUGGCGCAGGCAUUGGUGGUGCUAUAGCAACCGCAACGGGUCGCUAA